UAAAAGCCAAUCGAACAUCUUACUGUUUAAAGAAUGUUAUAGCUUCACCAUCAUUUCCCACCUGGGUCUCUGCAAUUGCUUCCUCUCUGGUCUGCCUGCUUCUACUCUGGCCUUCACACACAGAGCCAAGACUACUUUUUUCUGUUCGUUUGCUUUUGUAUCUGUGUGUGUUUAAGGUAAUUAAUAUCUCAUAACACCCCAAUUAAAACCCAGUUAAAUGAAUAAAUAAAACCUCUCAUUAUUCACCAGUGGUUUCCCUAGAUUUGAGAGUAAAGUCUAGGCUCCCUUCCAUGGCAAACAAGCCCAAGGCAGCUCUGGUUCCCACCUUCGUCUCCAAUUUCAUUUCAUACCAUCCUCUCCACAAUCACUUUCCCCAGGUUCCCUGAUCUUAUUUCUGUGCCUCACCCACAGCAGGCAUGUUUCUCUGCCUCCAGGCUUUGCACUCACCCUUUUCUCUGGCAGGAAGAUUCUUUCUGAAUCUUCACCUGACCUAUGCCAGUCUCAGCUCAAACCUCGCCUCCUAGAAAUGCCUUUGUUGAUCUGCUUCUCCCCUCCCCAGGUCCUCUCUCUCCCUAGCCUCUCUUAUGUUCUUUUAUCAUUAUUUGAAUGUAUUUGUUAUUUAUUUAUUUGCGUUCUGACUAUCUGCUAUGGAAUGUUGGUCCCAUGAGAGCUGAAACCCCGUCUUUGUUCUCUCCUUUCUCCCAAGCCCUUGGCACCAAGCAACUGCUCAAUCCAUAUUUGCUGAAUAAAUGACUGAAUAAAAGGUGUCUGAGCUGAGGUGGGGUGGAUGAGUAAGACUUAGCUAGUCUAAGAACAGUAGAAAGAUAAGAGACUCAUGUGAACAAAGACACAGAAGCAGGAAUUGGCGUCCUUGUGGCAUGAUAUAUGUGGGGAACUAGAAGCAGCAGCUCAGUGUUACUAGAAAGUAGGGUCAGUAGUGAGUGGCAGGUGUGGCUGCUGAUAAAGGAGUUAGCUCACCGAGCCCAUUGUCUGCCAUGACCUUGGGCUUUAGGAUUUAUGAUUUAGAGAGAGGGAGACUGUCAGAUUUCAGUUUAGAUCAGUGGUUCUCAACCAUGUCUAACCAAGACCCAGAGAAUACAUUCAUAUAAUCUGUAAACUGAGACUCAUCCCCAGAAUUUAGAGGCCACCACAUUGCUUGGCUCACAGCCCUCUUCCUCCAUCUUCAAAGUCAGCAGACACAGUCCACACAUCGCAGCUUCUGCCUCCCUCAUCCACUGAAGCAUUUGCAUGAUUUGAUUGGGUCUGCUUGGAUAUCCAGGAUAAUCUCUGCACCUGAAGGUCCCUAACUUUAACCACGUCUCUAGAGUCCCUUUGUCAUUCAGCAUAAUAUAUUCACAGGUCCUGGGGAUUUGGGCGAGGACGUCUUGAGUGGGUCACUGUGCUGCCCACUGCAAGGAUGUUUCUAUUGAAUUUUGUAUAGCUCAUCUUCCAACACCUACCCUCAUUCAUGCCAUCCUUCCCUUCUUUCUUCCAAUAAAUAAGUAUGGAGUACUCUUCCUCAAUGCCAAGUGCUGGAAUACAGCAGUGAGCAAGACAGUCAGUGUUUCUGCUCCCAUGGUGGCUUAAAUUCUAGCAAGAAGAUAGAUGAUAAGCAAGGAAUCAAGUAAAUAAACGAGAUAGUCACCGACUGUACCAUAAACGCAAUAAACAAAUGAUGAGAUGCAUAGGAAGGAGCUGGGCAAGACCAUUUUGGCAGGGUGGUCAGGGAGGGUUCUCAGAGGAAGUGACACAUGAUCUGAGAUCUGAAGGAUGUAAGUCAGUCAGCCACUAAGAGCCAGGGGAAGAGGAUUCUCGCAGAGGAAAUGAAAAGUGCACGGUCCCCGGAGCAGCAAAGGGCAUGUCUUAUUCAGGGAACCGUCUGAAGGCCGAUGUGAAUGACGCAGAGCUGGGAAGGCAAAAGAUUAGAGCCAGUGAUGGUGGCAAGACAGGAGAUGUGAAGCCAGGUAGUGGCCGAGAGUCCGAUGUGGUAAGGACUUGGGAUUUUCUUCUAACAGUAAUGGUGACCCAUUGACAGGUUUUAAAGGGCUGGUAUGAAGCAGUAACAUCAUGGGAUUUAUGUUUUUAAAAGGUAGCCAGCAAUGUGAAAAUGACUUAGGAAGAGGCAAGGAUGGACUGGACAGACACAUUGAGGAGCCACUGCAGUCAUCUAGGAGAGACUCGACAGUGGUUUGGACUAGGGUGAGGUCGGUAGUGAUGGAGAGAAAUGAUCUUUGAUGUAUUCUGGAGGUAAAAUUGACAGGCCUUCGUGAUGGCUUGGCGAUGGGGCAUGAGAGAGGGUGGAAUCAAGGAUGGCUUCUAGCAACUUCAGGGAUAAAAAUGUUCACCGAGGGAGAAAAGGCUGGAGGAAGAACCAGCUUGGAGAAAGGAGACCAAACAUUCAAAUUGAACAUCGUAAUAUUGAGUUCCCUGUCCAAGAAGUGAUGCCAAGGAGACAGACCUAUGAGACUGGAGCUCAGAGCAGUGUUCAAGUUGAAGAUAAGCAUAGGAAAGUCUUUGGCAUAUGGAUGCUAUCUAGAGCCAGGUGCCCAGAUGAAAUCCCUCAGGAAAGGGUAGAAAUAGAGAAAAAAAUAAUGUCUUGAGUGCACUGAGGUCCUCCAAGAUUUAAAAGUCAGGAGAAGGAGGUAGAGCCACCAGAAAAGACUAUGGAAAAGAUGGUAAUUUUACUUGGCGUCUUCCCCAAGUGGUGACUAGGUUAGAAGGAGAGGAGCCAAAAAAAGCAAGUGGACACCUUCCUCCGAGCCCACGAGGGCAGGACAGUUGUAGCUCUAGCACUUGACUCUGUGCCUGGCACGUGAAAGGUUGCUGUCAUUGUGGAAUACGAAAUGAAUAAGUGAAUAUUUCUGAGACCCUCCCAUACGUUCUGGCACAUUUCUAGGCAUGGGAAUAAGAGAGGUGAACAUUUGCGUUGACUCGUUCCAAGUGGCCAGACCUCCCAGAACUUCCCAGCCUGCUUUAUGAAUUUUAACCCCACCUUGAAUAGAAUUUAGAGAAUUUGCUAAAGCCAUUCCUCUAGUUGAAAUUUGGAAACAAACAGAAAUCACCAGCUUGUAUUUUCCAAAUCAUUCAAGAUAAAAGUAGUAAAUAAGUAAUGAAUAAAUAAACAAAGAAGUAAAAUUGAACUUCUAUAGAAAACCCAAACAGUCCCCCUUGGAUUUUUUUUUUUUUUUUACGGCCAAAGAGAUCAGUAUUUUACUAAGUUCCGGGGGUUGGGGGUGCAGUAUGAGCCACUUUUUAAUCUCCUGUUACUUCCAGAAUCACAGGGCUCGAUCGGAAAUUCUCACUACUCUUGGAAUUUAACACUACUGCAUUUGACUAUGGGGUUUCUGCCCUGUUUGGAAGGAAAAAAAGUCUUGUGUGAGUCUGAGGCUCAGAGGUUAAGUAACUUGCCCAAUCUCCACGUAUUUAAACCCAGUUCCAAAGGACUUCAAAGGCCAGGUCUCUUUUCUCACCUUUUGCUGACCGCCAGAAGCUUAAGUAACAUGGGAGUUAGAGGUGUCAAUGAUUUUCAAUUUACUGGUUUUAAAGGUACACUUCAUUUAAAAAAAUAAACAAAAUCUUAGCAAUAUGGAGAAUAUUAAAGCGGCAUUUUAAGCCCUCUGAGUGGUGUUGGUUCUGGUAUUUUUCUGAAUGUAUUUAACAUGAAUGAAUGUGUCUUCUUUUACAAGGGAAAAUACAGAGAGGUGUAUCCCAGAGUUGACUGUUCAUGGCACGAACAGUUUGCGGGUGCUCAUGGGCCCUUAUUUUUAUCAUCAUGUCACUCUUGGUUAAGGCAAAAAUAGAUGUGUGCAAGAGAGGGGAUGUGACGGUGCAGCCUUCCCAUGUAAUUUCACUUGGAUCAGCUGUCAACAUUUCAUGCUCUUUGAAGCCCAAGCAAGGCUGCUUACAAGUCUCCAGUUUAAACAAGCUAAUCCUCUACAGGUUCCACAGGAGAAUCCACUUUCAGCGUGGCCACUCCCUCAGUUCUCAAGUCACAGGUCUUCCCCUGGGCACCACCCUGUUCGUCUGCAAACUGGCCUGUAGCAGUAAGGAUGAGAUUCGAAUAUGUGGGGCCGAGAUCUCGGUUGGUGUUGUUCCAGAACAGCCUCAAAAUGUAUCUUGUAUGCAGAAGGGAGAACGUGGGACAGUGGCCUGCAGCUGGGACAGAGGACGAGAUACCCAUCUAUAUACUGCAUAUACUUUACAAUUAAAUGGACCAAAAAAUUUAACUUGGCAGAAGCAAUGUAGUGAUUAUUAUUGUGACUCUUUGGACCUUGGAAUCAACCUACCCCCUGAAUCACCUGAAUCUAGUUACACAGCCCAGGUUACUGCCAUCAAUAGUCUAGGGACUGCGUCUUCAUUUCCGUGCACAUUCACAUUGUUGGAUAUAGUGAGGCCUCUUCCUCCGUGGGACAUCAGAAUCAAAUGUGUAAAUGCCUCCGUGAGCACAUGUACCCUGCAAUGGAGAGAUGAGGGGCUAGUGCUGCUUAAUCGACUCAGAUACCGGCCUGUCUACAGCAGAUCCUGGAAUAUGGUUAAUGCUACAAAUGCCAAAGGAAGACAUGAUUUGGUGGAUCUGAAACCCUUUACAGAAUAUGAAUUUCAGAUUUCCUCUAAGCCACAUCUUCAGAAGGGUAGAUGGAGUGAUUGGAGUGAAUCAUUGAGAACUCAAACUCCAGAGAAAGAGCCUACAGGGAUGUUAGACGUCUGGUACAUGAAACAGCACAUUGACUACAAAAGACAACAGAUUUCUCUUUUCUGGAAGAAUCUGAGUCUAUCAGAGGCAAGAGGAAAAAUCCUCCACUAUCAAGUGACCUUGCAGGAGGUCGCAGAGGGGAAUGCCACACUACAGAAUAUCACUGAACGCAACUCCUGGACCUGGACCAUACCCAGAACUGGCAUCUGGGCUGUGGCUGUGUCUGCAGCUAACUCCAAAGGCAGUUCCCUGCCCACUCGUAUUAACAUAGCAGACCUGUGCGGAGCAGGGUUGCUGGCUCCUCAGCAGGUUUCUGCAAACCCAAAGGGCUCGGACAACCUCCUGGUGAAGUGGACGUCUCCGGGGGAAGGUGCCACUGCUGUGCAGGAGUAUGUGGUGGAGUGGAGGGAGCUCCAUCUGAGGGGUGGCAUGCAGCCCCCUCUAAGCUGGCUGCGGAGUCCCCCCUACAACACGUCCACCCUCAUCUCAGACAACAUAAAACCCUACAUCUGUUAUGAAAUCCGAGUGCACGCACUUUCAGGGGACCAGGGAGGAUGCAGCUCCAUCCGGGGUGACUUGAAGCAUAAAGCACCACUGAGUGGCCCCCACAUUAAUGCCAUCUCAGAGGAAAAGGGGAGCAUUUUAAUUUCAUGGGACGAAAUUCCAGCCCAGGAGCAAAUGGGCUGCAUCCUCCAUUACAGGAUAUAUUGGAAGGAACGGGACUCCGAUUCCCAGCCUCAGCUCUGUGAAAUUCCCUAUAGAGUCUCCUCCAAAUCACAUCCCAUCAAUAGCCUGCAGCCCAGAGUGACAUACAUCCUGUGGAUGACAGCUCUGACAGCUGCUGGCGAAAGCCCCCAAGGAAAUGAGAGGGAAUUUUGUCUGCAAGGUAAAGCCAAUUGGAGCACAUUUGUAGCACCAAGCAUUUGCAUUGCUGUCAUCACAGUGGGCGUUUUCUCAAUGCGUUGCUUCCGGCAAAAGGUAUUUGUUCUCCUUUUGGCCCUCAGACCUCAGUGGUGUAGCAGAGAAAUUCCAGACCCAGCCAAUAGCACUUGGGCCAAGAAAUAUCCCAUUGUGGAGGAGAAGAAACAGCUGUCCCUGGAUAGGCUCCUGGCAGACUGGCCCACUCCUGAAGAACCUGAGCCCCUGGUCAUCAAUGAAGUCCUUCUUCAAGUGACUCCAGUCCUCAGAUGCCCCCAUCAUCCCAACUGGCCAGGAAAGGGACAAAGGCUCCAAGGUCACCAUGCCUCUGAGGAAGACACAGGGUCCAGUGCCUCAAGCCCACCACCUCCAAGGGCUCUCACAGCAGAGACAGGACCCGCAGUGGAUCUGUACAAGGUGCUGGGGAGCCGACGCCCUGACUCAAAGCUGGGAAACCCAGCCAGCCACUUGACGGUCCUCCCCGUGGACUACCUGCCUACCCAUGAGGGUUACUUACCCUCCAACAUAGAUUAUCUCCCUUCACAUGAAGCUCCCAUAACAGACUCUCUGGAAGAACUGCCUCAGCACAUCUCUCUUUCCAUUUUCCCCUCAAAUUCCCUUCAUCCGCUGACCUUCUCCUGUGGUGAGAAGUUGACUCUGGAUCAGUUGAAGAUGGGGUGUGGCUCUCUCAUGCUCUGAGUGGUGAAGCUUGAUGUUUGGAAAGUCAGUGUGGCCCCAGCCAGCAAAGCAUGGCCUGUCUACCCAGCCUCCUGCUCCAGGAUCAUCGCCCCUGGGCGCUACCAUUAGGUCUGUUCCAACUAGAGGGCAGGCAAACCAGCUUAGGGCAAAUCUCAGGAACUGAGAGUUGGCUGUAACCCAGAUACCUCACACCGCCUUCUCCUGAGCCUCGAGACUACGUCCUCUACUCUGUGGACCUGGAGACUCCAAUUUGGGUACCUGCAACUCUCUUGGCUAUGUUGGCCAGAAAGGGACAAGGCAAGAGUAGAAACCAAAACUCGUUGAAUCAGAGCUGCAGCUACCAGCCUACACCAGCCACAGCAACACAGGAUCCGAGCUACCUGUGCCACCUACACCAUAGCUCACGGCAACAUCGGAUCCUUAACCCACUGAGUGAGGCCAG